GAGGGCAGGCUCCUGGCAGGACCUCAGGCAAGGGCACGAUGGCUGCUGUGUUCCCGGGCCCUCGGCUGCUGGUCCUGGGCCUGCUGCUGUGUGCCCUGGGGCCCUCUGUGUCCCGUGCCGGGAAGAUAUUGUUGGUCCCCAUUGAAGGCAGCCACUGGCUGAGUAUGGUGGGAACUGUCCAGGCGCUGCAGCAGCGGGGCCAUGAGAUAGUGGUUCUGGCUCCUGAAGCCUCGAUACACAUAAAAGAAGGAGCAUUUUACACCUUGAAGACGUACCCCGUGCCAUACCCAAAGGAGGAGUUGGAAGCAGCUUUUGUCAGUUUCGGGCACUUGAGUUUUGAUAAUCUUCCUUUCCUGCAGCGUUUUGUCAAGCUAUACAAGAAUGCCCAAGAGAACUCUGCUCGGCUUUUGUCCUCCUGCCACCACUUCCUGUAUAACAAGGAGCUCAUGGCCUGGCUGGUCGAACAGAACUUCGACGUCAUGUUGACAGAUCCAUUCGUUCUGUGUGGCCCCAUUGUGGCCCAACACUUGGGUCUUCCCACGGUACACUUCUUGAAUGGACUGCCGUGCAGCCUGGACAUGGCAGCCACCCAGUGCCCCAGCCCGCCUUCCUAUGUGCCCAGGUUGUUGUCCUCUAACCCAGACCGCAUGACCUUCCUGCAGCGGGUGAAGAACGUGCUCAUCUACCUGUCGGAGAACUUUCUGUGCAACCUGGUUUACACCCCUUAUGAGCAACUUGCCUCGGAAUUCCUCCAGAGAGAUGUGACUGUCCAGGACCUUCUGAGCAGUGCGUCUAUCUGGCUGAUGAGAAGUGAUUUUGUGCUCAAUUUCCCCAAGCCCAUCAUGCCCAACAUGGUGUUCAUUGGUGGGAUCAACUGCAUGAGCAAGGCCCCCCUAUCCCAGGAAUUUGAAGGCUACAUUAAUGCCUCUGGAGAACAUGGAAUUGUGGUUUUCUCUUUGGGAUCUAUGGUCUCAGAGAUUCCAGAGAAGAAAGCUAUGGAAAUAGCUGAAGCUUUGGGCAAAAUACCUCAGACGGUCCUGUGGCGGUAUACUGGAAGCCGCCCAUCAAACCUUGCGAAGAAUACGAUACUUGUCAAGUGGCUACCCCAAAAAGAUCUGCUUGCUCACCCAAAGACUCGUGCCUUCAUCACGCAUUCCGGCUCCCACGGCAUUUAUGAAGGAAUAUGCAAUGGUGUCCCGAUGGUGAUGCUGCCCUUGUUCGGUGACCAGAUGGACAACGCCAAGCGCAUGGAGACCAAAGGAGCUGGAGUGACCCUGAAUGUCCUUGAAAUGACUUCUGAAGAUUUAGCAAAUGCUCUAAAGACAGUCAUCUUUGACAAAAGCUACAAGGAAAACAUCAUGCGCCUCUCCAGUCUUCACAAGGACCGGCCCAUAGAGCCUCUGGACCUGGCUGUGUUCUGGGUGGAGUUCGUGAUGAGGCACAAGGGGGCACCCCACCUGCGCCCUGCAGCCCACGACCUCACUUGGUACCAGUACCACUCCCUGGCUGGGAUGGGCUUCCUCCUGGCCAUCGCCCUGACGGUGGCCUUCGUCACCUUUAAAAUCUGUGCCUGUGGCUUUCGGAAAUGCUUCGGUAAAAAAGGGCGGGCGAAGAAAAGCCACAAAUCCAAGGCACACUGAAAAGUGGGUGGAAAGUAAGGCGACAUUUUAAUCCAGACCCCGGCCAUUUCGAAACCUGCAAGCAGAAUCAGUAUUAAAUUCACUUUAUUCUUAUUAAAGAAGUGCUUCGCCAAAAGUUGGGCAUUCUUCUCAAUGUUCUUUUUCUUUUUAAUGGGGUGAGAGUGUUCCUGACAGGGUCUUGCCACCCAGCUAGCCGAGCUCACAGGUGUCGCUGUAAUGCACCUGCCCAAGUCGCUCCUGGGAUUUAUCCUGGCAUCCAUGGGCGCCUCCAUGGCUGAGCCCUCAAUGUGGCCUUUUUUUUAUUUGUAAAAGAAUAAUCACCGAUCACACCUGUAAGGUAAGAUAUUUCAGUAUGUAUUCUGCCCCCUCUGUUGUCUUUAACCUCUGUUGCAGUGAGGACUGGCCCUGAGAGUGGCAUGUCUUGGAAAUAUGGCCUGUUUGGGUGCACAGGAUUCAAAGGUGGUCCCACGGCUGGUGUCCCCCACUUGGGAUGACUAUUUCUACUUCAUCCUAAGCUUCUGCAGACUGUCAUAUGGUCGACGAUGACUUCAAUAAUGAUUGAUGCACCUUUAUGUUCAGGUUUCAAAUGUGUCAGGCUGUGUUCAAUGAAACAUUUGUACCUCCAGGGUAGAGUUAGAAGGAAUGAAUGGCUCAGAGUCCUUGAGAAUGGUGUAUGAUUCGCUUUAUGGAAAAAUGAACUAUUAAAUUGGCGAAUGACUUGCUCGAGAGGAUAAUUAUUGCUUGUGUCGAGUGGAUCUGAAUUUGCUAAAAAUCAGAAGUAGAGUGCUGGGCACGUGCAUGUUUGCUGCUGUUACCUACAGCUAAAAAAUAUAUCAAUAAAUUCAUGCGAAUUACA